GUGCGUCUUUUGCUUAUACGUGUGCUGUGCAGCAACAGAUCCUGGUGACCCUGGUAUUUUCAAAUCCAAGAAGCAUCUUAAACUAGAGGAUCACAGAGAACAGAUUCUUGCCGAGGUAUCUAAGCAAGAAGGCUCAACAAAGGAACUAAACAUUGAAACAACUGCCGAAAUGCAACUUGAUGGGAACAUCAACUCGGAUGCCACUAGGGAUGAAUUACAUUCUGAAAGUGAGAGAUUGCCUGGCUACACUAUGACUUGGAUGGCAGCAUUUUUGAGCUGUUGUGGAAUGUCUUUUAUAUGUAAUUGGUGUCAUUCACAUGAGCAGUCUUCUGAACAGCAACUGAGUGAGGAAGGCAUGUUUUACUGCAGUCUGUGUGAUGUUGAGGUGUUGAAGUAUAGUAAGCAUUGUAGAGUUUGUGACAAAUGUGUGGACGGAUUCGAUCAUCAUUGUAGGUGGAUCAACAACUGUAUAGGAAGAAAAAACUAUAAAAGGUUCUUCAUCCUCAUGGCAUCUUCUCUUCUCUUGCUUAUUCUGCAGUGGUUGAUUGGGAUCCUCGUGUUAAUACUCUGUUCUCUUGAACGAAAGCGGUUCUCUGCAGAAAUCAUCUCAAAGUUGGGAAGCAGCUUCUCUUUAAUACCAUUUAUCGUGGUGGUGGCUUCCUGUACCUUCUUAGCCAUGGUUGCCACUCUACCAGUCGCACAACUUUUCUUCUUCCACAUACUUCUGAUAAAAAAGGGAAUCAGUACGUAUGAUUACAUCAUAGCUUUGAGGGAGCAGGAGCAGGAACAACAUGCUGUUGAUGAACAACAAAGUCCACAAAUGUCUCAAGUGAGUUCCUUCACUGGAAUAAGCAGCACCAGUUCUUUCAAUGCAUUUCAUCGAGGGGCAUGGUGUACUCCACCAAGACUAUUCCUUGAAGAUCAGUUUGAUGUUGUACCCCCAAAGAUUGGCACAUCUGCAAAUUACACAAGCAAGAAGAUGAUGCCAGAGGAACAAGUCAAGAAAAGGAAUGCUGGAACUGUCAAAAUUAGUCCAUGGACCCUUGCUCAUCUUAAUGCCGAAGAAGUUUCAAAAGCUGCUGCGGAGGCAAGGAAGAAAUCCAAAAUCCUGCAGCCAAUUGUUAGACGAGAAGUUCUGCAGGGGCAAGACGCAGAGAACAAUAUUGGCAGAAUUGUCCUGAGGCCUGAGAACCCUAGUCGGACGAACAAAAGAGGAAGGAUUCCAGUUGACCUUCCUCUCGAACCUCUUGCAAAAGUUUCUACUAGUGCAACCGACGGUAAUGUCAGCGACCUGGUUCCUAAAACAUCCACCAGUUUAGCACCCCUGCAGCUUGAAGCCCGUAGUGCUUUUUGGCCUAACAGGCCGAUGCCAUCAGCUAGAGUUAUUGCUUCUUCUCCUGAUAGUAGUUUGGACUCACCUGAUCUACAUCCAUUUCGCAUUUCCUCUUCGGGAACCGAGGAAGCACGAGGUCUCAAUUCCAUUUCCAACCCAGGCAUUAUCCCACCUAGGGGGAUUCAGCGCUCAAGAUCAACCAGUGACGGGUACGAAGCAUCUGGUGGUGAAGACAGCGACCGGAUUCCGUCAAGGAUAGUCCACAGGUCAUCCAACUGGGCUAGCAUUGUCCUUGGCUCUGAACAUAGUCAGAUAGUGGAUGAUCUGAAGGCCUCAUCCUCUGCAAGCUCGCAACUAUACACUAGACCACAGUAAUGCAACACGAGAUCAGAUACUUGAUGCAAAGGCUCGACUUCCCGGCAGACCGAUUGAAUUUCCCCAUAGAAAAUGUGUUAUUGAGUGGAGUUCCAACAAUGGAUGGAAAUGAUCGGAAGCUGAUCUCUCUUACAAGAGAUAUUUUGAUGCUGUGACUUGCAACUAUUGCUUGGAAUGUAAUGGUGCCACCUCGACACGUGUUAUUAUCAGCUAUCAUGCUUGAACAUAUUCACCAGGUUCUCUGGUCUCAGUUCUAUUAUUGUAUCUACCCUAAUUUGGCAUGUUUAUUAUGUUUGAAUUGACAUACUAAGCUUGACUGAUGUGGUAGCACUUCUGAAAUCUUGUAAUGCCAUUUUAAGGUUAUCAAUUUCUUUUUCUACUA